GAAAUUGGGUGCUAAAUAUGGCGGACGUUUGUGUAGGUUCAUAGUUAAUUUUAGUGAUUUUUUGGUAAAAUUUCAAAAUGCCUUCGUUUGGCCAGAUUGUCAUUGGGCCUCCGGGCUCUGGGAAAAGUACAUUUUGUGCUGGGAUGAGUGAAUUUUUAACAAACUUGGGCCGAAAAGUGGCUGUUGUAAAUCUUGAUCCUGCAAACGAUUCGCUGAGUUACAAAUGUGCCGUAGACAUUUCCACGCUUAUCACUCUUGAUGAUGUGAUGGAGAAUCUUAAGCUUGGUCCAAAUGGUGGGCUUGUAUACUGCAUCGAGUAUCUCGAAAAGAAUCUUGACUGGCUGGAGAGAAAGCUGAAAGAUCUGAAAGGGCAUUACUUCUUGUUUGACUGCCCUGGUCAAGUUGAACUGUACACUCAUCACACAUCUGUGAGGAAUGUGGUCAGGCAGCUUGAAAAGUGGGACUUCAGAGUAAGUGAAUGAUAAGGCCUGUUCCGAAUGCUGUUCUACUCAAGCGUUAAACCAGAAGCCUAGUAAGGCUGAAGAGCUUAAUUUAAAUCUGUUUGAUUUGGCAAACAGUUAGUUGUUCAGGGGUAUCUUGCAAACUAAGAGUAAAGACUUCGAAAACUAAGACUUUGAAAACUUGGAAAAUUGAUGAACUGGAAGGUAUUCGAGGUCAGCACUCCUUGUUGGGAUUAGUUCGUUUUAAGUGUCAAAGAGAACCAAAGACAGUUUAUCACUAAGUUUCAAAGGUGUUGGUUUUUUAGGUCUUAGUUUUCCAGGUCUUAGUCUUAGAUCCUAGUUUUUGAGACACCCAGAUGUUUGGCAAAGUCCUUCAUAUUGUGCAAAAAUUUCAGCAGCCACUCAUUCACUCAGUGUUUUGUUGUAUGCUAGACCUAAUGCAUUGAGUUGGAUGAUUUUUAAUCUUACCAGAUAUCUUCAAAUUUUGCCCUUAUUCAAGAACAUGUGCCCCAAAGUCAAAGCCCCCACCCCACCCCCUGUCUGUGCAGAGUAUGGCAGAUGUAUUACAUGUUUUACACCUCAAAAUCGCCUUUGCAUGCUUGAGAUCUUGUCAUGUUUGGCCUAUUUUCUGGGCUCUUUUUAUUUUCAAUUUAGAUAAUUAUUCAGUUUGGUGCAGUUUUGUGUUCCUUCUUGUUUGGGUAACUGGUUCUCUCUAGAACUUACAUGAAUAGAAAGCUAAUCAUUUUUAAGUGAUUUGUAUUGAAUACAUCAUGUUUAUCCUUUCACAGCUUGCUGCAGUCCAUCUUGUUGAUUCACAUCAUUGCAGUGAUCCAACAAAGUUUAUUUCUGUUCUUCUCACAUCUUUGUCAACCAUGAUUCAUGUUGAGCUCCCUCAUGUUAAUGUCCUUUCCAAGAUUGAUCUGGUAGAACAAUAUGGAAAGCUAGGUGAUUGACUAUUUGUAAUACAUAUAAUGAUGUACAUGAAAAAAUUACACACGUUUGAUUGGCUUAAAAUGAGUGCAUUUUCACUUAACUCAAGUGUCAUUCUUUUUUGCAUGUAAAUUAUUAUCAAGUAACAGCAUGAUUUCUCCUGCAGUUUGGUGUAAAUAUGCUCUUAUUCAUUUUUCAAAGACUAGUGUUGUCUUAGAAAAAUUUGCUUGUACUAAUUAACAUUAUGUUGCACUUAAAAUCAUGUUAUUACCUAUAUUAAUGUUGGUCACUCUGUGACCUUUUGUUAGGCAAGACACAGUACUCUCACUACAUGCAUCUCUCUGUUCAAGAGUAUAAAUGUAAAUGAAUGCCAACCUGUCUGGGUAAUGUGGUCAAGUGGUGGGUGAGAGACAGCAGAGGGGAAGCCUGUGAUUAAUAUUCAAACCAGGAGAAUUAGAAAUACUUAAGGGAUAAGCACUGGCAAUUAUAGGCCACUUGGCCAGUAAAACUUGUGAUUAUUGAAGAAAAAACAUUUAAAAUGGGAUUUGUGACAGGGUUCUUAGUAAAAUUGCUCUCAGUCUAGGGAGUUUAGAGCUGAAGACACUCAGAUUGAUCUGGCAUUUAUUUUCUGUUGUAAUUCAAAGUUAAGUGUAAGAUGACCACCAGAACAAUGGACCAACAUAUCAUAUUUGUAGAUUAGAUGUUAGAUUCAAAUGAUUUUGUUUCUGCUUGAACUAAUGAUUUAAGGAAGAUGCCUUUGGAAAUGUAAAUAUGUUUUCUCUGAGGCAGUAGUGUGUUGGCAAUGCUUGAGUCUUUUUUUCUGGAAUUUUAUUGUUGACUUCAAUUAUUUUGAUUUCUUGUCAGCAUUCAAUUUAGACUUUUAUACAGAUGUUUUGGAUCUGAAUUUUCUCCUGGAUCACAUCAAAGAUGAUCCAUUUACUCGAAAGUACAAAAAGCUGAAUGAAGCAUUAGUGGGUUUAGUUGAGGACUAUGGCCUGGUGUCUUUUAAAACACUGGAUAUACAGGUGAUUGCUGAAAUAUUAGUGGAAAUAGGCCUGUUUUGUACUUGAUGUUUUGUUUUUUGUUGCUGCUUUUGUCAGGAUCUCUUUGUUCAAAGUAUAAAGCUUGUAGAGCAAGCAGAAUAAAGCAACCUCACUUGAAGUGGCAAGGGGGAAACAUAUCAAGCUUGCUUUUUUAUGCACCUGAUAGUUAGAAAAAAGUGGUGUGAGUUUUCUUGACCAAUCACAGAGCACUGCAAACCGAAAGUGCUACAAUCUCAGAUCAUUUUCAUUUUGUUUUAGUCAAAGGAGAGUAUGUAUCAGGUGACCAAAUCUAUUGAUCAGGCUAAUGGUUUUGCUUUUGGUGAACUUGAGGAUGACAGAGGGAAUUUCAGUAACCUAAUGUCUUCAGCUGUAGGAACAGAUUUUGAAUUUUUUAGGUAAGUUUAUUUACCUAGGCACUGUCAAGUGUCAUAUGUAUAAUUUGUUUCUCUCCCUAUCCAUUCCUUCAAUCAUUUAUUUGCGUUAUUAGGUUUGAGACGGGAAGGAAAAAUAGUGAACUUAAGAAUGCUAAAAAUGUCUUUGACUUUGCUUUUGUAAGGACAAAGUUAAGAUCAUCUUCAUGUCCCAAGUUUUUAAAAUUAGAGUUUUAAUACAUUUGGUCCUAUUAUCUGAACAAAUGUUGUUUUUUUUUUUUGAUAAGUCACGUUAAAACUUUAAAGCUUCUUUAGUAAAAAUUUCCUUUACAGAAAAGUAAUAAUUUUUCAAAAUUUUCAAUGAUAUCAGUCGCAUUUAUUUGGAAUACCAUAGCGAAAGAUUGACUUAAUGCCCAAUAAGGAAUAUCCAGGGGUAUACUCUAGGACAUUGCACACAGGGAAGCAGCACACCCUAGGGGUUAUAGGUGUCAACAGCCCAGUUCCCCAUCUGCCUUAACAGACUCGUCACCAACCAAAUAAAAUAACUUUUUGAUGGUGUUCAAUUUUUUUAGGACGGCAGCAAUUCAAGAGAAGUACAUGAAAGAUGAGGAUGAAAACUCCUAGAAAAAUAAUGGCUCAGUAGUGUUCAUUAAGGACAAGAAAAUAUCCUGCUUUGGAGAGAAGGCAUUACUCAAGGUGUUGAUGUGAACAAACUCGAUGUGGUGAAAAGAAGAGAUGAGGGCGAGACAUGGACUCGCUUUUAUGUCUAUUUACAAUUAGAUCUAACUUCAAGGAAGAGGCGACACUGAUAGCCCUUGAGUCCCUAAGAGUUAUAUAGUUUUUCCUAACAAUAUCACCCUUGAAUCAAACAUUUAAGUUGGGAGAAAAAAGGAAAUGAUCACCACCUAUAGAAGCUCUUGAUUGUUAAACAAAUUCUCCUUGUCAGCACCUUAGGAAAUGUAUACAGAAUAGUAGGGAGAAUAUGCAUACUGAUGCUAAGCAUACUAAGGGUUAGGUGCUAGUAAUUUCUUGACUGCUCACUAUUUUAUGUGGUCCUUUAGCACUGUGGAGUUUAUCACAGACUCCUAGCUUCGAAAUAUUUUUAUGUAAAUAGUGUGGGCAGCCUAGGCUCCGUAUAACGUAUUAGCACUGAAAAAACUCCAGCUAAACAUCACAAAGAUGGAAAAAUUCGUCUUCGAAACCGAUAAUUUUUCAUUCACUUUCCUUGCAUUUAGAGUUAGACUAGGGGUUAGCCUACUCAUGUGACGAGAAUAACUGUCUAAUGCAGUACGAGGCUGAUUCUUUGGAUCCGCGCGUUUUAGCAUACCUGAAUUAUAAGAUUUGUUUGUUAAGGAUUUAAAAAUUGUAGCACCCAGAAUCUCCUUCCUCUUGCUUAACGCCAAGGAGUAUAAACUAUCAACUAGAUUCCCAAUGAAAGCGCUACAAGAUGCAUAGGUGUUGACUGUAUUUUAUUCGUAUGUUAAAUGCGAUCGUUUUGAUCUUGAUACAGAUUAAUGAGAAACGUAAUUAAAACCUCAGCCAAAGUACGAAAUUAUUUUCAUGACAAAGAUUACUUGUCUGCUUUCCUAACUAACUGAUUAAGAUAUCCAACACACGGACAAGAAACGCUUUUACUAUUAAAAUGGGAGGAAGGUAAAUGAUACGCGUCGUCGCAAAAAGUACUCGAGUGGAAAAAGGGGGUAAAAAUUUUCAAAUUUUCAUUUACACGUGACGUAGAUGAAUAUAUGUUUUAUUUCAGUGGCUAAAUUGUUUCGUUUCCCUCCGUCAGCAAGUCAGUAAAGUCAGUUCACCCGUCCGUCAGGUCAAGAGCCAGGUGGCGUAAACUCCUUGGGUCACGUUUGGCCCUUUUACUUUGGCAGCUGCUUCUUCAGUGAUAAUUCUAUCAGCAAUGUUUUUUUCAGAUCUUCAAGGACUUUAUCACCUACCAACUUGAACGCAUAUUCAUCCUGCUUAUGGGCCAUCAAUGCCUUGAUCUGUUUAACAAGAUCUAAGAGAGUAACAAGUGAAGAACGGAGUUACUCUUAUUGAUUCAUUUUAUCACCAUGGCGCUAGUUCUAAGUGGCAUGCUGAGGUCAUAAAUACCACGAUGUUUCGGUCAGUCAAAAGAGACAUUUGUUCGAGUGAAAAAGACUGAUACAAACCCAUUUUUUGUUUGGCACCCAACAUCAGGAGCUUGUGAAACUUUCCGGUUAGCU